AUGGCUAGAAAGAGAUCUGCUAUAGAUUUCCAGUUCGGUGAAUGUAUUGGAGAAGGUUCCUACUCUAAGGUGUAUAGGGGUGUUUCUAUACACAACCACCGAACCUAUGCAAUCAAAAUCCUUUCGAAGUCGCAUAUACAUAGAGAGAACAAACGCAAGUACGUGAACAUAGAGAAGGACACACUCAACAUUUUGGGCAAACAUCCCGGGAUAGUGACCUUAUAUUAUACUUUCCAGGACGAAAAAUCGCUUUAUUUUGUGAUUGACUUUGCCAAAAACGGCGAGCUGCUGUCACUGAUUCGCAAAAUGGGAUCUCUAAGUGAAACCUUGAGCAAAUACUAUUUUGUGCAAUUAAUUGAUGCUGUUGAGUUCAUACAUUCAAAGGGAAUCAUUCAUAGAGACCUUAAGCCGGAAAACGUUUUACUUAACCACGAGUGGAAACUGAUGAUUACGGAUUUUGGGGCGGCCAAGAUCUUGUCCCAGGAAGAGAUGGCCAAUGGCCGUUCCAUGCAGCCUAUAGACGAAGCAGGGCGGGAAAUGAGCAACCAAACAAGCAACGGAUCGUUUGUAGGAACGGCAGAGUACGUUUCCCCUGAGCUACUAAAGUAUAACAUUUGCGGGUUCGAAUGUGAUCUAUGGGCCUUGGGCUGCAUUCUCUAUCAAUUCAUUGUCGGAAGACCUCCAUUCAAGGGUCAAACAGAGUAUUUGACGUUCGAGAAAAUCAUCUCUCUAGACUACAGCUUCCCCAAGAACUACUUUGUUCCACCGCAAGUCGAGCAAGUAAUCAGAAGUUUACUGGUAGUUGAGCCAGAAAAGAGGUGCAACAUUGAAGAUCUCAAAAGGCAGCCCUGGUUGGAAAACAUAGAUUGGGACAACAAAGAUUUCAUUUGGAGAACCAAAGUCCCAAAAUUGGAAGCUUAUAAUCCGCGUCUGCAUAAUUUGCUUCAAUCGAGACAGGCAUCCCCAUCAAACUCUAGUUCGAACUUAUAUGGUCCUUCUGAUGGUAAAAUAUCCAGCAAAACACCUUCUGUGCCACAAAAUGCUCUCAAACGACAGAUAAUGAACGCACAAAAUAAUCCGCAGUUGAUGAACAAAGUUCUGUCUCACAGACUUGCCGAAAAGGAUCAGGAUGUCAAAAAUAGGGUGCUAGCAAAUCAGUUGGCCCCCGUCGCAGCCAACACCACAAGCAUCCGAAAGUCACCAAUAUCCAGUGAGCUUCGAAACAAGAACGACAUAGUUGAAAGAAGAAACAGCUUACAAUUCGUCAAUGGUGAUAGUUCUUCAAUCACCCCUCCAGCUUCCGAACCUCCCUCGCCAUCGGAAACAUCCCUUAGAACCACUUUGCGUAUGGUCGGUCCUAGACACAGUCAAGCAAUGACUUCUUCCAUCAAAACACCUCCCCUGUCGACCAACACGGACUCGCGUACUUCAAAUUCUCCCUCUUUCCAAACAUCUGUCAAGCGCGUUUCUUCGGACUCCCUUUCGAAAAGCUCCUUAAGUUCGGUACUUCCUAAACGAGGCGACCAACCGGAGAGGAAGCCAAUUAUGCGCGCUCCUUCCAUUAACGAGCUUUUAGGGAUUCCCCAACCAAGCUCGCAAGCAGUAAGUGCAGCGGGUGCAAUAGGAAAUAUGAUGUCACAUAAGAGGGCGCUGCAAGCUUCUCAAAACGUCUCGAGUUCUCAAUAUCAACAACACCAACAACAACAAAUGAUCAAUCCUAUUUUACUGGAUAAACAGAUCCCCAAGAGCAUCACGAACAAGCUGAUGGCCAAUGAAUACAUCCUCAAGCUUGACAACAUUCUCAAAUCUGAGCUGACGCAUAAGCCGAAUCAGUUUGUUCCACAAGGCCAUACUUUAGAUGACAACAUCUUGAACAAGGUUAUUACGGAAAAUUAUCAAAGCUUGAACCGAGACCUCAAAAGUUGCAUUCUCAUUAUCACAUCGAUGGCCCGGUUACUAAUCUAUGAAAUCAACUCGGACUUCAAACUGCAGAAUCCUCAGUCGUCGACACAAUUGCAGGCAAUGGAUUUUUACUCGAAAAUAGUUGAGGUAAAGUUGACCAACCGUAACGUGUCGAUGUACGACUACGAAUUUGACGAAGAAUUGAAAGAAGGAUACCUGAUUUUGGAAUUGAUGAAUAUGAACAAGCUAAUAUUUCUGAGUGCCUAUGAUUCAAAAACAUUGGUAAGAGGGGGAAUCAACUCAAAUGUAAGAGUGGGCUUCAAAGUGAAUGAAUCGGUUUCGUGGAUUGAUUCGCUUUUGAAAGCCCGUGAACUUUUGCGGCAAAGUAAGGAAUCGGGCUCUGACACUGCAGCGAAAGUCAGUACAAACACUGUUCCCAAGAGACCAAGCAGGCCAGCGUCCGCAUCUAAACCAGUGAGACGAAGCUCCUCGCAAAAUGGGACAGUCAGCUCUGUGAGCAGCGGUAUCAAACAAAUGGACUUAUCAGAUAAGUCGAGCGCAGCAGCGGCCGCCGCAGUGGCCAUCGGCAAAAAUGCACAUUGA